AAUCACAUUUAUUCCCCCAAACCCCAAUAAUUAAACAACCCCCUAAAGAAGCCACUAACCCCCUUCAAAUAACCAAAUCACUCACCAUUAAAAACAAAAAACAGGGGCGAUCGGGGGAGUACGGGGAAAUUUGAAAACGUGAUUUUCGGGGGCAUAGGAUGUAUUGAUGAACCUAACCUCAAUACUGUCGGAGACGGCUGAGAAGGAGCAGGAGAAUCGUUACGAGACACAGUUCAUAACUGAUCAGCUUGGAUCCUUCAAUUUGUCGGAGAAUCAGUACAAUUGUAACGGCUGGACCCAGAGAAUCCUAUCACCUGAGUUCCCCCAAGGGUACGGAAUAACCGUUGAACCAGCACGAAUAGGACAAUCACUGGUUACGAGAGGAGGAGGGAUGCCUCGCAGUAAGCGGAGAGCGCCCUCCAAUACAAAUUAUCAUCAUCACGCGGCCACCGAUAUGUCACCAAGUGCACACGAGGAUAGCAUGCCCAGGCAUCCCUCGAAAAGACUGAGACACACAUCGAGCGCCAGGCGUUGCACAAAAACAGAGGAUGUCUCAAGUACAUCGUCGUUCUCUCAGAAACGAUGUAUCGCGUGGUUCAGGGAGUACACAGUGCCAGAUGAUCCCGAUACACUUGGCCCCGAGGGUAUGGAGAAAUUCUGCGAGGACAUUGCCGUUGAGCCUGAGAAUGUCGUUAUGCUUGUUCUCGCCUACAAGAUGAAUGCACGUCAGAUGGGAUUUUUCACGAUGAGUGAGUGGCUCAAGGGCUUGUCGGAGCUCCAGUGUGAUACGAUAGGUAAAAUACAACAGAAAUUAGAAUACCUGAGGAAUUUACUCAAUGAGCCACACACCUUCAAGGGAAUUUACAGAUAUGCGUAUGAUUUUGCUAGGGAUAAGGAUCAGCGCAGUAUGGAUAUGGAGACAGCUCGAGUGAUGCUCCAGCUACUUUUAGGAAGACACUGGCCUUUAUUUUCCCAAUUUGCACAAUUCUUAGAUCAGUCCAAGUACAAAGUUAUCAACAAAGACCAGUGGUGCAACAUUCUUGAAUUUUCACGGACUAUUAAUAAUGAUUUAUCCAAUUAUGAUCUGGAUGGAGCAUGGCCAGUAAUGCUCGACGAAUUUGUCGAGUGGUUGAAAGUUCAAAGAGGCGAGGGGGCGUCCUCAACAAACGUACGUGGCAGCUGAAAUAUCACAUCAUCCCAGCCUGUAUCUUACCCAAAAUCAAUCCCCCCAAUUCGACAAUUUCAAUCUCUCUCAAUCACCUACGUCAUAGAGUUUAAAAAAAUUGCUUUCCAACUUUUGUUUAAUUAUUUUUCUCAAGCUGUUCACAAGUUGCUUCAACUAUCAAUUCACUGAUUGAAAAUGUCAUCCUGAAACUCCACAGGAAUCAAAUAGUUCGUGGCUGUCAAUGGAGCGUGAGAAGUGGCUGAAGAGUGGGGCAAAAUCAAUGAUCAAAAAUUUAAAAUCAUAGCUCUAACUCCCCCUGUUUUUUGAUUAAUCUAAUAGCCUGUAGUUUAAUGAAGAAAAAAAAAAAUAGUGUUGCCGUGUAUUUCACCGAUGGUUGUGCUUAGAAAUUCGAUAUCCGGAUUUAGGGAAAAUUGAAGGAACGAAUUCUCCCUCUGCACCACAUCAAUAACUUGUUCACUCGUCUCAAUAUAUUCAUUAAAGUAAAUAUAACAAUAACCGUCCAAUUACCGUGUAUUUCAUACUCGAUAAAUUGGAAACUGUAUAGAAGACGAUGAAUAAUCGUGACAUUUACUCAGUUUUUUACGGAGCUCUAGGUGGAAUGCCUUACGUUCAAGGGAUUUAUGUUGGACGGCUGCUCGAUACUGGGCACAAUCAUGUAAAUAACGGUGUAAUUUAACUAAUUGAUUACUUGAUACUACUGAUAAUUAGUCCACUUAAUCCGAUAUACGAUCGAUAGCUGUGAUUAAGUGGAAUAAAUAUUCUUUUGGUGGGAGAAAUUCAAUUCAUCGUUCAUCGGUGGAUGGAGAUUUGCCGAGAAUGGAAAAAAAAAAAACUGAUUAUUGAUAGGAACUCAGGGAGAUAAUGGGGAAAUUAUUUUUCCUCCGAUAAUUUAUGAAAAUUACUGGAGGAGGAUGUUUCCUGUUUCUCGUAGUAGCUAGAGUUUAUUCAACCCUUAUUUCACUUAAUUACAGUGAAUAACGAAAGCAAUAAAGUCCUCGUGGAGAGAGGAUACGAAACCUGACUCACAAUGUGAAGUUUUAAGUAGUUAAAUAAAUUAAUAACACGUUCGAAUUACAGCAAAGAUUUUUCUUCUGUUUAGAUUGUAAGGAUCCUAGAGGUGACAGGUGAAUUGAGACUUGUUUCUUUUUUUAAAAAUUAUUUCAAUGGAACUAGUGAUUAUUCAUGUAAAUCAAAAGAUCUGGGGAAUUGAAAAAUAAUUUGUUGUAUUUUCGGUUGAGAAUUAUUCGAUACCUGAAGUCGACGUUAUGUUUUUCAAACUCUCUGUUUCAUCGAUGUGUUCAUUCUCGUUAAUCAACUGUUCAUCCUCAUGAAGUCUCGAUCUCAAAUUCACUUGUUUUUCCCCAACUAUUUAAGUGCAUAUGAUGUAAGUGAUGAUGAGGAGAUGUUGGAGGAAUUUUUUAAAUUGAGAUAAUGGAAGAUGAAA